GGAAAUACAGGUCCAACUUAAAAAUAAUAAAAUCACAAAAUAAACUGCACAAUGCACACUUUUCGAAAUGCUGCAUUAUUGCUUCUGUCUGCACUGUAUAAAAGUUGACUCAACUGAAUAUUUUAGGCAUCAAACUUCAGGACAUUUUUGAGUUUACUCAAACUAAAAUCGAGUCAACUGCAUUAAUUGGGUUAAAAAUGGACGUUUGUAGCCUUGAUUUUUAAUUUGUCAACUUUUUUUAUUUACAAUGUGCAUCCCCUAGUGGUUUGAAAGAUUGUGCUCAUAAAUAAUAAAAGUGUAUUACCAAAAAUAAUAUGAAAUGAACAUCACAAAAUCAACAAUUGAGUAUAAUAUGAAAUAAUAGACUUUUUAUUUUGUCCAUUGUCAAGUUGCACAGCCCUAAUAUAUCUACUAUAUACGUUUGUAACUUUAAAAUGUACUGAAAAAAUAAAACUAAUACUGUGUUAAUAGUACAGGUCAAAACUGAAGACCGGCAUACACAUCAGAAAACAAACAGUUCAUAAAUAUAAGAAGAAAAUAAAGCAAACAUGUUUGAUCAUAAAUCUAAGAUGGACAAAAUCAGUUUCUAAUUGUUAUUUGCACCUAUAUGCACCUCAAUGUUGCCUAUUUAUGGCAUACACAUAUAUGCAGCGUAUAUAUUAUCAUAAUGUGCAUACUGGAUAUAGGUUAAAAAUAUGCGCAUACAUCCUCAGAUAGAUUCUUUACAUGAUGGUUUGUAACACCAAAUGUAUAGGCUUAGAUACUUAUUAACUACAUGAAACUUCAAAAAAAUCUUUUUGAAAAAUUAUACAUAAGAUUAAAUAAAGAAAACAAGCUAAAUCUUACCUUGCCAACCACAUCUUGUAGCGAACGUUAUAAAAAAAGCACGAGGGCGAGUUUAUUAUUCAUACCGCUCGCCACCAGGGGGCGAAAGAAAUGUUUUACUUUUCAAAACGUGUAUAUUUUGGUUACACAGCGUAACCAAUAGGUAAACAAUUAAAUUGUUUGUUUUUAGUGUCUCCCCCUUCGAAAUAAGUAUUUUGAAUGUAUCGUCCUUCUACUUUUCUUUUUGAUUUACUUACUUCCGUCUACUAGUGAGGGGUUACCUUGGUAACGGCAAUACACAUGUAACGGCUACCUAUUGCUUGCAAACCAUGAGUGAAGAACUAGACGAAGAGGUUUUAGACGGUCUUACAGAAGUCGAAAAAUUGUAUACAGUUUUUCAUGGAGCGUCGCAAGAAGAUGUGGCGUACGCAAAGCUUUUCUGGAAUUCUCUUUCUCUUCAACCACCGAUAGAGUCCCGUCUCGUUUCUUCCGACAUCAGACAGCGCUUAAAAGUUGCGAAAACCCCGAACACCACAAAUGCUGCUGCAAAUCAAGCGCCAUGGUCAAAGAGGAAUGAGGAAAUCCAACAAGAUGCUUACCUGAGGCAAAAGCAGGAGGAGAAGCAGAGAUACAUGGAGAUGGCAAAAAAUCGAGACCAGAUUAUCGCCCUUCUGAAAAAGCAGAGGGAUGAACGAAUUAAGGCAAUGACUCUGCUUCUUGAAUCACUGGUGAGUGUGGUGUUACUUGAGUCUGAUCAACUCUGGUAUUACACAAAGACCCGAUAUAUAUUAUAUAGUAUCCUUUGCCUUCUUUGCUGUGUACUUAGUUUCAUUGUCUUGUUGAAAGAUGAACUGACUCUGCAUUUCUGCAUUCAUCGUUCCUUAAAUCUUGACUAUUCCACCAGCUUCUGCUGUUGGAAAACAUUGCUACUGUAGGAAUGGGUUUGGCUAGGUGUUGGAGUUGUAUCUGGUUUUCUCCAGACCAAAUCUCCAGACCAGAUACCUAUUGGUAAACUCAGGUAAAGUUGGUAAAUAGAUGGGCUGUCAUGGAGUUUGGCUAUUCUAACAUACAAGACUGAUUAUAGUGCUGCAGAGAUGGUUGUUCUUCUAGAACAGGGGUGCCCAAACUUUUUCAUUUGAAGGACAUCAUUGAGAGCCGUGGGCCGAAGAUAAAUACACCAAACUAUUUUACGUGGGUAAUUUCCUAAUCUAUUUCAUAAUAUUUGAGAAUCACUUUGAGUCAUAUUAACUAAUGCAGUAUCCCUUUUUUAAACAAUAACUUAUGGUAAUAAAAGCAUAAACAAUCACAUAACACAGUGGAGUGCAAUGCUGAAUACACUGGUCAAGCACCAAUACCUGUGCAUUGUCCUCUAACUGUGCGGUGACUGUUUGUACAUUUUAAACUCAAUUACAGCAUUUACUUUGAAACGUUUAAUUUUAGUUUAACAGUAAAACAAACAAAUCAAAAUUGCAUUAAAUUUGAAAUUACAAUCUUUAAAGCAUCCCUAUCAUUCAAGCCUCUUUUCCUAGAUGGGAUGGUGGGCCAAAUCAAAGGUUACCACUAACUUUGGCCCACAGGCUCUAGCUUGGGCAUCUCUUUUUCUAAGGUUCUCCUCUCUCCACCGAAGAAUGCAGGAGUGAAUGACCAUCAGGUCCUCCCUGACUAAGCCCCUUCUCCAAUGAUUGCUCAGUUUGGCCUUGCUGCAGGCCAGUCCUAUUUUUAAUGUCCACUGUUAACUGUGGACUUUAGGGUGGAAACAGGACGCACCUGAGGGCAUUAGGGGCCUUGCAAAGGCUGGAA